AUGCCCAUGGCCAUUAAGUCUCUCUUCAUCAUCAACAAGUCAGGAGGGCUGGUUUACCAGCGGGAUUUCCUGCCUUCAACCAAUACCAAGAUGAGCAGUAACGAGUACCUCAUCCUCGCCGGCACAUUGCAUGGUGUAAUAGCGAUAGCUAGUCAGCUUACACCGAAGGCGCUGCAAAUUUCGAAUCAAGGCAGUAGCAGCACAGGGGCAGCUGUCGGUGCUGCGGGCGAGGCGGCGGUGCCGUCCAUGCCGUACGGGUCGCCGGAGCAUACUAUACCCUAUAUCCCGGGCCUGGCGCCGCCCGUGGACAAUAAGGCGCCUGGGCGCGCGAUGGGCAGCUACCUGGCCCCCGACUACUUUUCCGAGAGCUUUCCUAGCUGGAACCGGAGUGGUCUUAAAAGCGUUGUGAUGGACGAAUGUUCGCUCUUCGUGUACCAAAGCUUGACAGGAGUCAAGUUCAUACUGCUGAGCACUAAUCAGACAACAUCGAAUGCAGCGCAACACAUUGCGGAGAACCUUCUGCGCAAGAUAUACUGCAUAUAUUCCGACUACGUGAUGAAGAAUCCGUUUUACUCGGCAGACAUGCUGAUCCGAAGCGAACCGUUUGAUAAACGGUUGCAGGCUCUGGUAGCGAGCCUCUAG